AUGGGUCUUGUUCAAGAGAAGGGGAAUUUGCAGCUCCAUGUUAUGUGGAUCUCGCCAUAUCUAGCCGGAUCUCGCCAUAUCUCAUCUCUCCAGGCCCGAUUCGUGAUCCAGGCGGGCUUACGAGGCUGCUUCCAGCCCAAGUUCCAGGUCCAUUACUCUGGGAAAGCCAUUGGAGGGAGGAUGGUCACGAUGAAGGUAAAGGACCUGGUGGGGGAAGAAAGUUUGGGGCACGUGGCGACGGAGGUGAACAGAGUGGUGGUCGAGACGACGGACGAAAAGCUCAAAGAGGUAGUGGAGAAUUUAAUAAGUCUCUGGAUAAGAGAGGGCUGGCAGAGUUUACGGAAGGAGGGCUGA